UGGGGAACGCUCGCUUGGAAGCUGUCAAGUUUCAUCGCGGCCGUGGCCCGUCGCGGCCUAAGCCCGACUUCAUCCAUAUUCUCCGAACGCUCGAUUGAGACAUCGACAUGAAACCCUCCCCGUUUCGGGUUGCGUUUCGGCGGCGACCCCUUGCGGAGGGCGGCGCAGGUGCUCUCGCCUCGAGUAUAUUCAGUACCUCGCGGCAGGGCAAGGGUACCACUCUCGACGGCGAGCUCGGCUCUUGCUACAGUGGGUUCCCUAUCUCUGCUGCCAAGCCGUCUCCCGUUUUUGAGAACCUCAAACCCAUCGUGGUCCUGGCGCUGGCUCGCUUCGUCCCGAAAUGUCAUCCCAUCCGGCGCAAUGGUUUUUGCCCAUAUACAUAGUCUUGUGUGCCCGCUAACUGCCGCUGACCCUACUUUGGCCCUUGUCGCUCUUUUGCAUCUCGCCCUUUCCUCACAUUCGUUUAUCCUUCUUCGCGCAGGCAGCGAGACGGUGCUUACUCUGU